GCAAACUUUGAGAAGCGAGAGAGAAGAAAAAAAAAAAAAAAAGCGCGGAGUGUGGGGGGGGUGAGGGUGCAGGGCUCGCGCACGGCCUCGCGGAAAGGAGUCUCCAUGGAGCUACCGCUUCCUGGGGCUCUCUGAGGGGCUCCGCUCGGGAGGGACGGGACGACGAGACGAGACGGGCGUCGGGGCGCGUUCCCGCAGGACCCGUCGACGGUGACGAGCGUGAUGACGAGGAUGAAGAAGAUGACCGUGGGCUGGCGCGCGACAUGUUCAAUCUAAUACGCGACGCCCGAGCGUGCGCGUGUGGAAACGUAUCGCCCCGGCCGGAGCUGGACGAGGAGGAUGAAGGAGUAGAGACUCCCUCGGCCCACGUCGGGAAGGAAGACCGUUAACGGCAGUUAGUUAAAGGACUGUUCAAAGGCUGCGCUUCUGCUCUUGACUUGAGGCGGUUGCGGACGACGACGACGCGCGGCGAGGGGGCAUAAAUAAUCUGGUCCGGCACGAUCUCUCAGUUUAACGAGCGCAAACUGGGUCCUGGAUUGUUUCAAACUACUUUUAGUCUUUUUUUCGGUCCGAAGCUGCACGGAAUCUGUGACAGACGGGUGUGUUUGGCCCAAUUUUGGACUCUUCUUUGCCGGACACAGAGACUCUGAGAGAGACGGAAAACUUGCCGUUGCGUUGGCGGGGUCGGAUCUCCGGAGGAGCAGCCCGUUCAGGAGCGAAAACUGCCGCUGUGUUUGGCUCUAACUCUUGAUGACUGGGUGUAACGCAUCUCUGCUUCGUGUAACUCUCUUGUUGGGGGAGCGAAACUCUCUGUGUGCGAACCUGUAGCAGCCGGUGUCGCUCCUCAUGACCGCUCCUCUGCGGUGCGGAUUCCACACUCCGUCGGCGCGGCUGUUUCUCUUUCCGUGGGCAGAGGGAGGCAGGCACGCGACCGGGAGCCGCGGGGCGACUCGCACGCCGAGGACUUAAGGCUUUAGCGCGCGCCCACGCGAACAGCUGCGGGACACGUCCUCUCGUCUCGAGCUGAGCUGAGCUGAGCGGAGCGGAGCGGGUGUCGCGCGGCCAUGGCCGGCGGCGGUCUCGCGCUCCCGUCAUGGUACCAGCGGGACCUGAGUCGCGCGGCGGCCGAGGAGCUGCUGGCGCGAGCCGGGCGCGACGGGAGCUUCCUCGUGCGGGACAGCGAGAGCGUGAAUGGCGCGUACGCGCUCUGCGUGCUGUUCCAGAAACAUGUCCACACCUACAGGAUUCUUCCCGAUGAAGAUGGCUUUCUGGCAGUGCAGACAUCCCAAGGUGUGCAGCCAAAGAGAUUCAAAACUCUGCCGGAACUUAUCCAGCUGUACUUGCAGCCGAACCAGGGUCUGGUGACCACACUGCUGUACCCCGUGGAAAGGGAAGAGAGCCCUGAUGACAAGGACUACUCUGAUGGGGAGGAAGACAAGCCACCCCUGCCUCCUCGUACUGCCUCCAGCGUGGCUGUGGUGCCUUGCAGUCAGGAGGCCCAGUCGGACAGCCCUGCAGCCAAUGGUCUGAGUACCAUCUCCCAUGAGUACUUGAAGGGUAGCUAUGCUCUGGACCUGGAGGCUGUCAAACAGGGGGCAAGCAACCUACCCCACCUCAACAAAACCCUGGUAUCCUCCUGCAAGAGGCUGCAUGGAGAAGUGGACAAAGUCUUAGCUGGUCUGGAGAUCCUCUCCAAAGUGUUUGACCAACAGAGCGCUCUCAUGGUGUCCCGGAUGAUUCAACAGUCGGGAAGCCAGGGCGGAGAUCAGGAGCUGGAACACUUGGUCACCAAGCUUUCAAUCCUCAAGGAUCUCCUGUCCUCCAUUGAGAAGAAGGCUCUGAAGGCCCUCCAGGACAUGAGUGUCCCGGCUCCCUCCAUCCCUGCUCUGCUCUCCACGCGCCAUAGCAAGGCCAUCCCUGUGCAGGCCUUUGAGGUGAAGCUGGAUGCAUACCUGGCAGACCUGACCAAGAUUGGGAAGUCGCAGAAGUAUACUCUGAGCGUGGAUGUGGAGGCUGGCAAACUGGUGGUUAUGAAGAAGAUGAAGGAUUCUCAGGAGGACUGGAACACGUUUACGCAUGAUAAAAUUCGGCAGCUCAUCAAGUCCCAGCGUGUACAAAACAAACUGGGCAUCGUAUUCGAGAAAGAGAAGGAGAAGAGUCAGAGGAAGGACUUUAUCUUCACCAGUGCUAAGAAAAGGGAAGCCUUCUGCCAGCUUCUACAGCUGAUGAAGAACAAACAUUCCAACCAAGAUGAGCCAGACAUGAUCUCCAUCUUCAUUGGGAGCUGGAACAUGGGAAGUGUCCCUCCUCCAAAAGUGAUGACCUCCUGGCUGGUGUCACGUGGCCUUGGAAAGACACUAGAUGAGAUGACUGUCACCAUCCCACAUGAUAUCUAUGUGAUCGGCACGCAGGAGAAUUCUGUCUGUGAUAAGGAGUGGGUGGAGAUGCUGCGGGCUGCGCUGAAGGACUGCACCGAGCUCGACUACAAGCUGAUUGCUAUGCAAACUCUGUGGAAUAUCAAGAUUGCUGUUCUCGUGAAGCCAGAACACGAGAACCGCAUCAGCCAUGUGGGUGUCUCCAGCGUCAAGACCGGCAUCGCAAACACAUUAGGCAACAAAGGUGCAGUUGGUGUCUCUUUCAUGUUCAAUGGAACAUCGUUCGGAUUUGUCAACUGUCACCUGACCUCUGGCAAUGAGAAGAUCAGCAGGCGGAACCAGAACUAUUUAGACAUCCUACGCCUGCUCUCCCUGGGGGACCGGCAGCUGAGCUCCUUUGACAUCUCACUACGCUUCACACAUCUUUUCUGGUUUGGGGACCUCAAUUACAGGCUGGACAUGGACAUCCAGGAUAUCUUGAACUAUAUCAAUAGGAAAGAGUUUGAGCCACUGCUCAAGGUGGACCAGCUAAAUCUGGAGAGAGAGAAGAACAAGGUUUUCUUGCGCUUUGCCGAAGAGGAAAUCUCCUACCCUCCCACCUACCGUUAUGAGAGGGGGUCUCGGGACACCUAUGUAUGGCAAAAACAGAAGCCCACUGGGAUGCGGACCAAUGUUCCAUCCUGGUGUGAUCGGAUCCUCUGGAAGUCCUACCCAGAAACCCACAUUGUCUGCAAUUCCUAUGGAUGCACAGACGACAUUGUCACCAGUGACCACUCUCCAGUUUUUGCAACGUUUGAGGUUGGAGUGACAUCUCAGUUUGUCUCCAAAAAAGGGCUGCCAAAGUCUUCAGAGCAGGCCUACAUUGAGUUUGAGAGCAUCGAAGCCAUUGUCAAGACCGCCAGCCGGACUAAGUUUUUCAUUGAAUUUUACUCCACCUGCCUGGAAGAGUUCAAGAAGAGCUAUGAGAAUGACACGCAGAACAGUGACAACAUAAACUUUCUGCGCGUGGGUUGGUCGUCCAAGCAGCUGACCACACUGAAACCUAUCCUGUCUGACAUAGAGUACCUGCAGGACCAGCACCUACUGCUCACUGUCAAAUCGCUUGAUGGAUACGAGUCUUAUGGUGAGUGUGUCCUGGCCCUGAAGUCCAUGAUUGGCAGCACGCCCCAGCAGUUCCACACCUACUUGUCACAUCGAGGAGAGGAGACGGGCAACAUCCGGGGAUCUAUGAGGGUGCGCGUUCCCUCUGAGAGGAAGGGCACCCGUGAACGCCUAUAUGAAUGGAUAAGUGUGGACAAUGACGAGGCAAGUGGCAAGGGCAGGUCCACGAUAACCCAGAGAGCUGGACAUGACUAUGUCAAGCCCACGCAGGCCCGCAGACAUGUGUCGGGAGAGCUGGGAAAGGUGUGCGAGGAGGGAGAUAGGAAUCCACCCCAUGCCGCCGUAGGACGCACUAGCUUGCCUAAGGAGGAUGGGCCUCAAGGCAGGUCAAAGCAGGAUUCUGUAGAAAGCGAUCCCUCCACCUGCAAAAACAGUUACAAUAACCCUGCCUACUACAUCCUGGAAGGUGUGCCCAACCAGUCGGCUGCUUUGGCACCCGAUAUGCUGCCCAGCUCCGCCCUCCCACCCAAGGCUGCAGCCCCAAGCAAGAGCAAGGCCCCUGCAGUUGGCUCGAUCCAGCACCGCAAGCAGACGAGUGGCCGCCCCCCGGCUCGUCCCGCCAGCGAUGAAGGCUCUUCAGAGGAAGACGGCAGCCCCGGGCCACAUGGAGGGACGCUUAACCGGCCGCCCCCGGAUUUUCCACCGCCGCCACUCCCCAAAGGGGCUAUCGAUAUGACUGAGAGCCCCUUUUAUACCACAAGCAAAGAAGCCAAGUGCCGGAACCUCUACCCUGACCUGGCAGACAUAAAGCCUAGCUCAGCCAAGCCGCAGCCCUCCUCUGGUUUCCUUCCUCCACACUCUGUAGGGGGCAGCGGAGCCUUUUGCAUGGAGUCCCCUCCAGUUUUAGGCCCACCCACCGCCCCUUUCCGGAGAGGGGGCACUUCGGGACUGGACGACCAGUCCUGCUCUGUGCUGCAGAUGGCCAAAACAUUGAGCGAGGUGGAGUACCAGCCGGGUCGUGACAAGAACCCUGCCGUCUCGCACAAAGCCAUGGGACAUGCUCACCUCCGAGGAAUGGGGCUGCCUGACCCCUGCCGCACCUUUCCACCACACUCCAUCCAUGAGAGCAUCGCCGAGGACCUGCCUGAGGAGGGCUUGUGGCAGGGAGGCAGUAGCAGCUCCAGUCUCUCUGUGGAGUGCAGUGUUGGCGAGUGGCUUCGGCACCUGGGCCUGGAGUGUUAUGAGGAGGGCCUGCUUCACAACGGCUGGGAUGACCUUGAAUUUCUCAGUGACAUCACUGAGGAGGACCUGGAGGAGGCAGGGGUUCUCGACCCAGCACACAAGAAGAUCCUGCUGGAGAGCCUGAAGCAGCAGCAAAAGUGAGCUGAGCCCAGCAGAGCCGCCCUUAUCUGUGCCUUCUCACAAAAAUUGCACUGUACCUCCCCUUUUUUCCAGUGAUGUUUAACGAUCAGGUUUUAGUUUUAGCCCAUUUUAAGUUUGUCUGUCUGGUUGUUGUCAGCAUUGUAAUAUCAUUAUUUAAGACGUGCAUUUUAAGGCAGCCUUGGUCCAUCACUACAUGCUUGUCUGAGAGCAUCCCUGGGUGGUGAGCUCCUCAUCCAGCCUGUCUGAGAACACACUCCGGACGAAGGCUUACAUUCCUUGCCUUAACGCAGGGCAGGUGAUUGCCACUUUUUCUCUUCUACUUUGAAUUGAUUGUUUUUAUUUUCCAAUGUCCUUGCAUGUCAUGUUUGUAAAGAAAAGGGAACAGUUUUUAACAAAACUGAUUCGUUGUCCUUGGUUUUCAGAUGGACACCAAGUGUCCGUGUGCAGUUGUGCAGUCUGAUCUGAGUUCUCCAUUUGCUGGUCUUGUCUUCAGAAUGCUGAUGGUAUCACUUUCUGUGUAGCAACAGACAGGGUGUCAUGCAUACGAUUCUACUGCGGUCGGUAUUGUUUGGAUGCAAAACACAGUAAAUAAAAAGGAGGACUUGCGUUUAUGGAUUUGUAUUUCAGGGUUUCGUGUUGCUUGCUUCCUGUUGGUUGUGCUUGUCAGCACUAGAUGGCGCCAAACACUCCACCCAACAGUUUACUCCAUGUUGUCUUUACUAUAAAACCUUAACCUCUUAAGAUAUUUGGAUUUAAAGAGGGAAGCAUUUCAAUGAACUACUAAGUCAAAGUUCUAAUGAACUUGCUUUAUAGUUCUGAUUCUUUAAGGUACUGUUUUUUGAAGAAACUACUUUUCAGUGCUUGACAAGUCUGUCUGGAGGAUUUGAGAUGCUAUCGCAAUCACCUUCAGCAAAGUCUGUAGCAGUGGCAAUCAUUUCAUGUUUCGAAACUUAGGCUGUGACUGUAAAAUGAGGCCAAAAGGAUGAGGCUCAUUUGCGACUUCUCAAGUUCCGCUGCCCCCUGCUCAGCAGAACCUGAAGUGAAAUGCACUGCCAGGGUAGGCCACAUGCCCCAGUCCUGCCGACUGAGAAGCUAUUGGUGUCCUGUUGGGCAGAUGUCUUUACUGGGAUGUGGCACUGCAGUCCCAGGUUUACCGUACUGUCUGGAGGGGCAUCUCAGAUGAGCAUGUGUCCUUCCUUAGUGGGCCUUAUGCACUCUGCAUGUCCCCAGCAGCUGUAAAGACCAUUGAUGCCUGCACACUCCCAUAAGUGUGUAGAACAGCAUUUCAAAAUAAUUAUUCAUUUGGCAUCCCAGGUUGGUACUGUCACUCAACCGAGGGUUGUUCUCCCCUCCUGAGACAGUAUCUUUUACCCCCCCCCCCCAGUUCAGGCCCACUUUCCUCUAAUUGUGCCUUUAGUUGGCUGUUGAAGCAACCUAACAGAUAGUGCUGGGAUUGAAAAUUAGUUGAAACUCAACUGACAUCUCACUGUGUGCUAAUGCUGGUGACCUGUUCCCAGAAUGCCUUUCUCUCAGAUUUGUAUCUCUCCUUUUUUGGCCAAAUAUAGGGACUGGAAACAACUGUUUCUUCUGGGUUGUGUACAGCAUGCUUUCUGUUUCAGAUUUUUUUUUUUAAAUAAUUUUAUAAUGUUGUAUAUUGUGUUUCCACUUCUAAACUUGUCACAUUCACCUCAGACUGAUUUAUAUUGCUGGUCUUGAAUUUCAUCGUUUCCUU